AUGGAUUUCACGCCGUCGCUGCGCCGCAAGCAGACCCCUGUCACCUACUCGAGGCGCAAUCGUCAGCAAGGAGCGAGCAGCGCGACCUCUUCACCUGCGGCAGCCCGCCCUCGUCCCGCUGCUGACGCAUCCCACGGAUCCUCCGACGAGGCAGAAGAGCCUCUUGAGAAUGGCACACCGAGCAAGGAAGCGCCUGUCUCGCCCGCCAAAUCCAGCCGCAUGGAUCCCAGCCCUUCCUCGUCUGCCUCCUUGUCCUCAUCCUUGCGGCAUCCUCCGAAUCCUCCAAAUGGCUCGCUGCCGCAGCGCCCGGCCCGCGCCGAUUCUCCCUCCAGCGCCGUAAAGGCACGUCGCCCGUCGUCUUCAUCCACCCUACCCGCCAAGCGCAGCGCCAGCACCUCGCCUCGCAAGUCGACAUCAUCACCCUCCAAACGCCUCGCCCGCUCCCGCACCCCGACGCGCCCAGCAAAGGAUCUCUCCAGCCUCUUUGACGCCAUCGAACCCACCUUGCCGCAGCCCCGCAGCAAUCCUUUCGCUAGGAGCGAGAGCCAUCCCGUCGUCCACCUAGCCCCUUUCGAGGCCCUCGAUCCAGCAUCUCCCAUCAACAGCCCGCUUCAGUCGCCCACUCUUCCGCACUUUGGUUUCGAUGAUCAGCUCUCUCCAGGCACCGCCCCCAUCAGCCCCUCCAAGCGAUCCAGGAUGGCCGAUCGUAUGGCACCCCGAACCGCACGCCCCGCCAAGUCCAAGGUCGACGAAAUCGCCGAGGCGCUCUCCAAUUCCAGGCGCGGAUCCUUGCGCCGAACCGAGACCGCACCCUCGGCCAUCUUCGAUGCGCACUUGUUCGAUCGAGCGGCUCCGAAUGGCGGGAUGCAGGCCGACACCCCCAUGGCACCAGCACGCCCUUCCGAAACAGCUUCGAGCUCAGCGCGACUCGACAUCGACUCUCCGGCCGAAACUCAAUCGCAGGAUACCUCCGCUUCAGCAUCGGGCGCCCGCAGACUCGCUGGUAUCAAGCAGACAUCAGCCACCAAUGCAAAACGCACUUAUGGCUUGCAGCGCAGCUUCCUCGCAGACCAAGCCGAAGAGAACCUCCUUACAGACUCGACCCAACCACCCGCACCCAAUCCCAACGCGGACACAGCGACCCGCAGCAUUGAAGACGAGAUCGAGGCGCAGAUCAACGGUCAUGCCUCCAAGCAUCCCACCAAACCCACUCGCGUCGCGUCCUCGGCCGCAUCUCGCCUUUCCGAGGCAAACGCACCCGCGCCGCGCGAGAGCUACGCCGAACUGCUCAAAAAGUGGGGAGAAGGCGCAGACGACAUCGAGUGGGACGAGUCGCAGGAUCCCACCCUCAACCUCAAGUCUAUCACCUCGCUCCGCUCCACCGGCGAGCUCCGCCGCUUCAACGACGAUCUCGAGUACCUCUUCUCCGGUCUCGACCCGGCCCAGAAUCUAUCAAUCCGCAAGAGCUCCGCCGUCGAGCUCAUCCGCCUGCUUUGCGGCAAGCCCGACAUCGGCUCGUUGCCAGACGCAGACGACGAUAGCGAUGUCGAUGAAGAGUCGAUCGAAGAUCCGCUCGCCUCCGCCCAAUCGGCUGAGUUCCUGCGCAAACUCAAGGCCUCCGACCUCAUCGUGCGCCUCUUCGACCUCUUCACCGGCGCAGAAGCCGGAGAAGGAACCGACGACGUCCUCGACGCCUCCCUCGCCGUGUAUGCGGCAAAGCUGCUCAAGACAGCGUCGUAUGCCGAGCCCUUGAUGCGCGAGCGAAGCGUUCAUCUGCACCACACGCUUGUCAACAUGCUCCUGCGGGCCAAUCGAGCGUCGCGCUCGGACCGCAAGGACGGAUUCGCCUUGCUACGGCUGCACGAGCUCAGGCAGCACAAGAUCGCCUCGCGUCCAGAUCGCAAGGCGCUCGAUGAGCUGCGUGCCAUCUCACGCAUCUCCAAGCUCUUUGUGGCAGGUGGCACCAGCUGGACGGUGCGCAAUCUUGUCGUUGCCGCUUGCUGCUCGCUGAUCGCGCUGCCGCGGCGUCUGUGGACCGAGGAUACGCUGGGUGGCCUAUUCGCAGCCGAAGAAGGCGUCGAGAGUGUCGCGCCUUCGUCACUCUUCCAUUCCGUCCUCGAGACGCUGGUCUCAGAGGGCAACAAGGCACAGCAGCGUCUGGUCGACUUUGCAAAGGGGCUCGAACUCGUCGCACCUACAGCAGUCGAGGCGAUCCCGGAUCUCGAGGCCGUCGACGUCGCCAUCCGCUUCCUCGACAAGGCCAUGGACUUGCUCUACUUGGAACUGGAUCGCAACCUGCCCGCCUCCGACGAGACGCUCGGUGCACUCCAGCAUCUGAUCGCUUUUGCCAUCGAAGCGGCUCCCCUCGAUUUGCUCAGCAAUACCGGCAAGGCGGCGAAUCUAGGCGCGGGAUCGGGGUAUGUCCGCAGCAUCGAGACACGCGCCCUGCAAGUGCUGCACGUGCUGUUCAAGAUGCUGUUGGACCUGAGCCAGGUCGACGCCAACUGGAGCGAAUCGCUUGCCUCGUCGGCAGUGCUGCAGGCUUCCAUCGUGCGCGCAUUUCUCCUGGGCCAGCAGAGCGCAUCCAGACUGCGUGGUUCAGAGCAAGAUUGCGAUGACAACAGCACACGGUCGCCCGACGUCGCACUCUUUGACGAUGUGGUGCACCUCUCGCUGGCACUGCUUACGAAUCUGCUCAUCAAGCAGCUCGACAAGGCGCGCGACGCAUUGGAGGCGGUACGGCUCGUGCCGACAUGCUGGCGACGACGCUCGUGUGCCGCCGCCGACGCAUGCGGUUGCGAGGGCAGGCUUCCGGCGCUGCAGCUUCUGGCGCGCGUGUUUUUCCAGACGCGCAUCGCCGCAGCCAGCCGCGACGACAGCAAUGCGGCGUACCUGUCCAACUCGAUCGCCACGGCGAUUGCGCAGUUCGGCGUGGGUGGCGCCGAGAGACUGGAGGCGUGUCGCACCGCGCUGGCGGCCGAACUACCGAGUGCGCACAGCACGUCGAACGGUGUAGCCGUCGUUGGCGAGGAUGGACUGCAGACACUGCUCGAUGCGGUGGACGAGUUUGCGGUCGUGCACCAAGCCGCGCUCGAUGCGGGUAGGGUGCGUGGUGACGAAGAAGCGGCAGGCAGCGAUGUCGCAGAGGACGGUGCGGGCACAGACGAGGCGGCGCAAGUGGCCGGCCAGGACGGCGCGAAUCCGGUGGCUGCCGAGGCAGGCCAGCUGAUCAAAGAGCUCGCACAGACGCUGCGGCACAUCUUCACGAUGGACGGCUUUGCGACGCCUUCAUUCGAGGCAAGGCAGGAUGCAGACCGGCUGUAUAUCCGCAUCAGCUGUCAAGGCACCACUGGCGGAACGAGCAUGCCGAACAUCGCGGUGGAAGGACGCAUCUUUGGAUUCCAUCUGGAGCCGUACUAUCUGCCACUCGUGCUGCCGGGUGCAGUGAGGACGCCAGGUUCGGAUGCGACGACGGUCGAAAGCGCACAGGAUGGAGCGACGGUCUUUGUGGUAACGCUCGACAAGGUGCAGCGGGGAGAGCAAUUCGAGGGGCUGGACCAGUUGCAAGCCCAACUGCUGCCGGAGGACCAACUGAAGCAGGCGCUUGUGGACGCCGAGCAGUCCAAGGGCUUCUUCGAGCCGGCAUCGCAGGCAAGCGAGGAUGCAGAGGCCAAGUCGUUGCUGCAGCAGGCACUGCGCAGCCAGGGACUCGUCACGGUCACGGACAAUGAAGGUGAGGCUGCACUGGACGACGAGAUGGUCUCGACGCAGCAGGCGACCGUCGACGACAAGGCAAACGCACCAGGGUUUGGAUUUGGAUUGGGCGGCCAAGCGAGAGGUGCGCUGAUUCCGGCAGGAUGUGCAGACACUCGCAACGUGCUGGAGGUGGCCGACCCGGGCAGCAUGGAGCCAGCAGCGCGGUAUGCUGCAGCAGUGGCUUACGAGGAGGAGCGAUGGGACGAGGGCGUCUACAUGGACAACUACCUCGAUGUCGACGGUGAGCUCGACCAUGUUUUACGGUUCACCCCUACAGUUCCCGCCGGCGACUCUGCGGCUGAAGUGGGAGGGGAAGCACAGACGGAAGAAGCGCUAGCGGUGGUGCUGGAGCUGUUGUUUGCGCUGAGCUACGACGAGCGCACCAACGACGGCGAAGCCACGGUGGAGUCGGGAUGGACGAUCGCCAAGCUCUCGCGCUCGUUAUCCGCCUCCUCUCCACCGCAUUCUUCCGGGACAUUGGAUGCUGUCGUGGCGGCAACACUGGUCGGAUGCGUGCGGAGGGCACUGACGGUUCCGCUCUAUCGACACUGGCGGCUGGCACAGGCUUGUAUCGACGAUACCCUGCUGCGACUGCGGUCGGAACGUGCACAUGUGAUUUCGUGUCUGCGCCAGAUCGCUAGCCGGCUCGAGGCGGGAGACGAUGCGGUGCUCCAACGGCUGCAGCAACUGUGGAUCGCACCAUUGCUGGCUCAAUCUCCGAGCGAGAAGCAGCUCCAGCAGCUCAGCCAGAGCAUCGAGGCGGUGCGAGGACGCAUCACCAAGGACACUGUCGGCGGCGAGUGGGAUCUCGAAGUGGUGGAGCAGGCGGCCCAGCAGGCGUUCAACGACGGCGAAGGCGGCUUUGUCUGA